GGUUCACUGUUUAGUUUAUCUUCUGUGAUGCAUGUGUCAAAGAGCAACGUUAUCGCCUCUUCGUGAGACACAGAAUUGUAACGGUGUGCUGUGCUGCUUUAGACUCGUUCUUUGCGGCAAAAUAGAGGGAUCAAUAUGUUUUUUGUUCUCAGUUAUGACUAAAAUAUGACCAAAAUCAAAACAACAAUGCUUAAGAGAUUGUUGGCAUUUCUUUUUUUUCAAAGGACUUUCUUCGUGAAGGGGGUUCGGGACUUUGAAACCAAAGUGGCGCUAUUGACCGCUGUUGAGCAGGAGAACCCUAAAUGCUUCGCAGAAGGGAUGUUGGACCUCACAUGCUUUUGGGAGGAAGACAGCCGCAGUGCCCCUGGCCAGUACACAUUCAUAUACAAAUACCAGAAUGAGAACAGCACUGCUUGUGCUGUGGCAUCCCAGUCAGCAGGGGGCGGUAGGACAAGGUAUUUCUGUAAGCUGUCCAAGGUCAAGCACUUCGUUUCCUUGGAUCUGCAAGUGUUCCAGAAUGGAGCACCACUCCACAACCGCAGCCUUUCCAUUGACCUUGUGUUUCUGCUGGAUCCCCCCGCCAACCUGACGGUCAGGAGGACUGAGCAGAGGGGCCAGCUGAGGCUGCGCUGGCUGCCCCCCUCCCUGAAGUACAUGGCCGAGAGCAUGAUGUACGAGGUCCGCUACGCCCUGGCGGGCAGUCCCGCGCGAAAGCUGGAGGUGGUGCGUGGCAACACAGAGUUCAUACUGCGCAGCCUGAAUGCUGGCACCAGGUACGAAGUGUGGGUCCGUGCCAAGCCUGACGGCCUCACCUACAACGGCUACUGGAGUGCUUGGACGCCCUCGGUCUCCAUGGAAACUCCUCCCAGCGACCUGGACCCACUCGUGAUUGGGCUCUGCCUGGUCAUUUCUCUAAUCCUGACCCUGCUGUCUCUCAUGGCGUUCCUGUCCCAUCGCAGGUACUUAUGGAAGAUAUGGCCUGUCCAUAUUCCCAGUCCAGAAAACCAGUUUCCAGGUCUCUUCACGGUGUAUGGAGGUGACUUUCUGGAGUGGCUGGGCCAAAGCAGUGGAUGGUUGCAACUGAGGCCUAGCCUCUUCUACCAGGAAGCAAUGUCAGGCCCAUUGGAGGUGCUGUCCGAGGCCAGUAAUGGGCCCCUCAGCCCUGGUCUCACCCUGCUCCCCAGGGCAUCCGGCAUGCAGCAGGGGGUGAGUGAGGAAGAGGAGGAAGAAGAUGACGGGAGUGUGAAACUGGGCUCCACUUCCAUGGAAAGGUCGAAGACACCCUCCUAUGAGUGCUGGCUGAUGGAUCAACUCCAGACUCUGCAGAAGCAGCCCAUCCCCAGCCCCUGGCCCUCCCUCCUGCAGUCCCAGGAUGCUUAUGUGACUCUAGACCAGAUCUCCCAGCCUGGCAGCAGAGACGGCGUGCCUUCCCCGCCCUUAAUACUAGACGAUGUUUCUGAAGAGUUGCACGUCCUCGUCGCAGCCCCCGGGAACGCCACGUCCCGCUCCGAACUCGGGGCCCCUUGCCAGGGUUUCAGAUCGGGCAGACUGUCCUCCCAUUCUGGCUUUGAGUACCCCCAAAAUCCCUGGCUGUCCAAGGGACCUGGGUCGCCCUACCUGGCCGUGGCUGAUUCGGGCGUCUCCAUGGACUACAGCCCCAUGAGUUCCAGUACGACUCGAUCGGGUGGGGCUGGAAGCCUCUAUGCUACUGACCAACGAGAACUCCACUGCACCAUUUUGGCGAACUUCCAAUCGCCACUGCCGUCCGAGUAUCGGGCCUUCUCCCUUACCGGCGGCGUGGGUGGCGGUGACGCCCGCACCGGAGAAGUAGAUCUGCCAAGCGGCCCCCGGCUCCCCGGCAGUGCCGGGAAGGGCGCAGCUCCAGUCCCGGUCGAGGGUACCCCGUACGGGGAAGUAGCGGUCGAGGACGGAGAGGACGGGAUCUGGAGCCGGCAGCUCGCUGCCCGCGUGCCCCUGCCUGCCGGUGUCGAAAGAGACGAUGACCCGACAGGGAGCGCAGGCCCCGCCCCUCUCCUCCAGCUUCCCGGUGAGGAAGGCCGCCGUGUCGGCCAAUAGGGCCGCGAUGUGGGCGGCGGCCAGCUGCUCCUCCGUCUCAGGCCCCGCCCCCGCACCCAGGUAGCGCUCCAGCCCGUCCAAGAUGAGCAGGGAGGCGGGGGCGGCGGGCCCACAGGCAGACUCAUGCAGCGAGGCCACGUCCUGCAGCAGCUCCUCCCGAGACCUGGGGUACAUGAACUUUAUUUUCUGGGGGAGGGAAAAAAGCCCAAAAUGUCUGUCAGUUCAUGAACCAUAUGAUCAAAUAAGAAAACUAACUUACUUACAACUUGUUGUUUACUUGCUUGGAGCAUUCAUUUUCAAGAGGCAACUUAAAACAUUUUACAGAUAUUUUUAGUUUAUUCAUCUUGAUUGUUACUGCUCUAAUAUGGGAUGGCAGUGUUUGAUUCUGGGGUGCUGUUGUGCCCUUGUGCUGAAUUGCUUCAAUAAAAUAUCCAUUUGUAUAAA